AAAGGAUUGAGGUUGGUACUACUGUACAACACAGAAACAGAACUGCUGUUGUGAAUUGAGAAAGAGAAGAGAAAGAGCAAAGACAGAAGACAAUUCCUGCAAUUUGCAGUUUACGAGUUGUACGGAGUGUAUUGAAUAAUCUGUGAAAGGUUGUAGUGUGAUGGAAAACAGUGAAAAUCUUUUAAUACAAUUUUAAUAAACGAAAUUUUUCAAUUAUAAUAUGAAGCCCACCUUAUCGAUUUGAACGACUGAUACGUUUUUUUAUUUUAUGACAAAAUGAUGAUUGCUUGUAGACAGACUGUCUUCGUGGGCAUCCGAAGGAUGUUCCACCGAAGUAGUGUCAUGGGUGUUGUCAUGAAAGAAGAAAAACUAGACGACUUCAAUGUAAAAAAUGAACCUGUUCUUGGUUACUUGCCAGGCAGCAAAGAACGAAAAGAGCUGGAAGCAGCCUUAGAAGAAAUGUCUUCUAAGGUUGAGGAUGUACCAAUCAUUAUUGGUGAGAAGGAAUACAGGACUAAAGAAGUGAAACAUCAAGUAAUGCCCCAUGACCAUAAGAAACAGCUCGCGAAAUUCUAUUGGGCUACACCUGAUCUUGUGGAGAAGGCGAUCUGCGUAGCGGUGGAAACACAGCCGAAAUGGGACGCGGUGCCGAUGGCAGAGCGCAUCAAGAUCUGGAUGCGGGCCGCUGACCUGAUGGCGGGCAAGUACCGCAUGCAGCUGAAUGCGGCCACCAUGCUCGGCCAGGCCAAGACCAUCAUUCAGGCUGAGAUCGACUCGGCCGCCGAACUCAUCGACUUCAUUAGGUUGAAUGCGUACUUUGCCAAAGAAGUGAUGAAAUACCAGCCGAUCAGCGAGGACCCGAAAACGACAUUGAAUCUGAUGAGGUACCGAGGGCUGGAUGGCUUUGUUGCCGCCGUCUCGCCAUUCAACUUCACCGCCAUCGGAGGCAAUCUCGCCUACACGCCGGCUCUAAUGGGAAGCGUGACACUGUGGAAGCCUUCGGACACGGCGCUGCUGUCCAACUACCUGAUCUGGAAGAUAAUGACUGAGGCAGGAGUUCCGCCCGGUGUGGUCAACUUUGUGCCGACCGACGGCCCUGUCUUCGGAGACACCAUCACCGCCUCCCCCCACCUCGCCGGCAUCAACUUCACCGGAUCUGUUCCGACAUUCAACCGGCUGUGGGGCCAGGUGGGCAAGAACAUCAAUAAGUACCGCAACUUCCCGCGCCUGAUUGGUGAGUGCGGCGGCAAGAACUACCACUUCGUGCACCCGUCGGCCAACGUCGAGAGUGUCGUCAACGGCACCAUCCGCUCCGCGUUCGAGUUCUGCGGCCAGAAGUGCUCCGCCUGCUCCCGCAUGUAUGUGCCCGAGUCACUCUGGCCUAAGAUCAAGAAUGGUCUCAUUGAGAUCAGGGAGAAACUAAAGGUGGCCGAUGUUAAGGAAUUCGAUGCAUUUACCUCUGCAGUUAUUGAUGACAAGGCGUUCAAUCGCAUCAAGGGUUACAUUGAUCAUGCCAAGAGCUCUGACAACUUGGAGAUUAUCGCUGGUGGCAAAUAUGAUGACAGCAAAGGAUACUUCAUCCAACCCACCAUUGUACAGACCAAGGAUCCUCUCGACAAGAUCAUGACUGAAGAAAUCUUUGGACCGGUUCUCACAAUUUACGUGUACAAGGACAAGGAUGUCGAAAACACAUUGAAACUGGUCGAUUCCAGCACUUCGUUUGCUCUAACUGGUGCUGUAUUCGCCGAAGACAAAUCAUUCCUGGAACAUGCAUUCGAAGUUUUGAAGAACUCAGCUGGCAACUUCUACAUCAACGACAAGUCGACCGGCUCCGUUGUCGGACAGCAACCGUUCGGUGGCGCCAGGAUGUCUGGAACGAAUGACAAAGCUGGCGGCCCCCACUACGUGCUUCGUUGGGCGUCACCUCAGUCGGUCAAGGAAACAUUCGUUCCGCUCAAAGAGUGGAAGUACCCUUACAUGAGCAAGUAGAUUUCGAUGUUGUAGGAGAACCGCUAUGGAUAAUGAACUGUGAUACCAUCACUUGGAAAGUGAUCAUUCCAUCAGAUCACUCAAAUUCUUUUAGUUCUGGUAAGAUCAGCCCAGCUGAUCAGUAGAUGCCAGAGCUAAACAAAAAAUUGUCACUCGUGCGUGUCGCCUGUCACAGUCGUUGAAUAUUAGAAGUUGUUAUUCGAACAAGUUGUGUUCAAAAGUUUAUAUUAUUUUGUAAUUAAGAUCUGGGACCUGUUUCAUAAAACUCUAAACCUCCUCAUAAAGAAAACGUCCCAGUAAUACAUGUUUUUAUUGCAUGUAUUAUCGGAACAUAUGUGUAUCACAGUUUUAUGAUCAGAUUCCUGAAUAGCUUGUAUAGUCAUAUCGGACAGCUUUUUUCUGUUUAUCUCAUUGUCUUUGUAUGUAAUAAUUGGAAGCAAAAUUUAUUAAAUGGAUGAUAUAGAUGAUACAUAACUAAGAAUGAAACUCAAGCAUUGCCAUAAAUGCUCUAUGAAUGUAAUGUAAUUAAUGUAAAAUUUCGUUUUACACACAUAUUGAAAAUAAUGAUUUAUUAUUACCUGUUA